UCUUUAUUUAUUGGGACAAAACACUAGUGCCAACAUGUUGCAGACCAUCUCAUUAUUACCAGCCUACAAUAAGCCACCCGUGGCCACGUUACUCCAUCCACACCGUUCAUCUUCAUCGUCACCGUUACCAUGUGGCCACGUGUCUCCAGUGACUCAUGGCGGGCUCAUCAUGAAUCCGCAGAAGCGUCUCCGGUCAUUCUCGGCCAAUAUGAAAUGCAGUAGCACUAAUAGUAUCAUUGACGAUACCAUCAUCAGAAAUGGACAGAGAAUAAUGAUGAGUGAGUAUUUCGAUGUUCAGCUCAAAGUUCGUGAUUAUGAGCUCGAUCAGUAUGGUGUCGUAAACAACGCUGCCUACGCAAGUUAUUGCCAACAUGGUUGCAUUGAGCUUAUGGAAAGUAUUGGUGUAAGUGGUGAUAGAAUUUCCCGCACUGGGGACGCAUUAGCAAUCUCAGAAUUGUCAAUCAAAUUCCUUUCACCUUUAAGAGGUGGAGACAAGUUUGUGAUGAAGGUGAGGUAUUGUAGAAUUUCAGCAGUACGCACAUACUUUGAGCAUAAAAUCUUCAAGCUUCCCAAUCGUGAGCAGCCUAUUUUGGAAGCAAAGGCCACAACAAUUUGGUUGAAUAAGAAGUAUCGCCCUACACGUAUGCCGUUGGAGAUAACAUCUUUACUUGAUAAAUUUUUUACCCGAUAAAUAUAUAUCUAUCUAUGAAAGAAACGAAAAUGACUGUAUUCAAAUAAUAAUAAUAAAUUUAAUCUAAUUUGUA